AUGCAGCGGGUGACGUACGUGACCGCAGCCGCCACCCCUAUGAAGCUGCACCACCGGCAAGCAAGCAGCCCAAGCCAGUCUUCUUUUUUGUCCUCCUCCGUGCUGAGACCAGCAGCGGGGACAUCGUGGACGAGACACGAGGCUACCCCUGGAUGGACAAUGGCUUCUGCUCAUUUCGGCGGCGGCGUCGACUUAAGCGGUGUCGGAGGUAGCGGUUGCGGCGGCAGCAGCAACAGUGGGUGGAGAAAUCGGCGGACAUUCUUCGUGGCGACCACCGCUGGAAACGAUGGCGCCGGACAGGAUGGAGAAGCAGCAGCAGCAGCAGAAACAGAGGCAGCGGCAACGGUAACAACAGGGGGAGCAGGGCCGGGAAGGGCGGAGGCGACUAGCGUUGUUGGGGAGAGGAGCGACAAAAUCAGUACCCGCGGCGCCGGAGGCGAGGAGCACCAGGAGGCGAAACCGCCUAAAAAGCCGAGAAAGCGGCGUCAGGCAGCACAAACCAAGUACCCUUUCGGGAAACCCCUGAGCGUGUUGGCCUCGGCUUCGACCGGCUUCGGCGCUGGCAGUGACGCCUUCUUUGACAUCGAGGACGAGCUUCCCGACCUUAGCGUGGUCGAAGUGGCCGGGCAUGGACACGAACGGGCAGCGAUGGGCACCAAGGAGCUGAGGGAGAGGAUGGCGGCGUGCCCCGAGGUCGUCGUCGCCCUAUCGAGGGGGCUAGCGGAGGGUCGAGCGCGUUUGGUGGCGGACAACCUGUGCGCGUACGCGAGCACCAAGCGGACCGCCGAGAGCACCUUGGCGCAGCUGGAGAGGUUGCUGGGCCGGCGGCCCGACCAGGUGGAAUGGGCGAUGCCCCUCAUCAGGGCGCACCUCACGGAUGAGUCAAGGCCAUCCUGGGAGACACAUAGAGAGCAACUUUCCUGGGUCCGGGAAAUGAACAUCAAAGAAGUCGGCCUUGAGGACAUGGCGGAGAGCAUGCUACGAGCCUACGCACGCCACCAGUGGGAUCCGGAUAUGACGAGGGAGAAGCUUCGAAACGAACAUCCAGAGCGUUGGCGGGAGGCCAUGACACUUUCGGAGAAACUGGCGGAUCGGCUCCCUGUUUGCAGAUACCAGCUCGUCUGGAGGACGCUCUGCAAGUUUCUGGAAGCGGAGAAGACGCGUAGACGCCACCGGGUGCUGGGAGAGCUAGCCACGGUGCUGAGGACCUGGACUCACCUCGUGCUGCCGGCAAUAGCCAACUUCUGGAGGGUGGACCUCUACCAGUCCAGCAAGGGCAUGGAGGAGAGGGUGGACGCGGCCAAGGACGCUUUCCUUGAGGACCAGCUGCUGCUGGCGAGAUGGCUGAUGCUGGCUCGCAGGAAAGCCCUCCCGGAGGACGACGAGGAGUUCAAGGGUCCCUGGUCCAUCGAAGAGGCUCAAGAGAUGCAAGAGGCGCGCACCCGGGAGCAGGAGCGUGAGGGCAAGGAGGAGGACGGCGACGAAGAGGACUACGUGUACCCGGAUUUUGAUGAUGAAGGCGACGAAGACCUCAUCCGAGGGUACUCGAUGGACGAUGCCGGCUGGUCGGUGGAAGAGAGCCGCGACAGCGAACACCGGCAGAAGCUCAACACCGCGGCGAUCAAGGUUAUCUCCCGGGCGCUACCCCCGCAGGUACCGAAAUCCAAGUCGCCGGCCCCCAUCGGGCUGUACGAGCUGUCGGUCGUGGAGAGGCCCCCUGAGCUGGACGUGCCCCCCCCGCCCGAUAUCUUCGGGGGGGACACGCCGGCCGGAAUCGGAAAGGCGGGCGCGGGGGAGGUGCCGGCGUUGUCGGGCGCCGCAGACAGGACUUGGAGGGGGAAGAGGAGGCUCAGCGAGGAAAGCGCAUGGCCGGAGGAAGGGCAGGAGGAGGGUGACGGCGAAGGCAAGCCGUGGGGGGAGGGCGCGGGAGAGGAAAAGCUACCGCGGGCGAGGGAAAAGGACUACCAGGAGGUGGAAGACGUGCUCCUCAAGGGCAUGAGGGUCAGGCGCCCCCCGGAUGACAUGGAGGAAGAGCAAGCGACAAGAGAGAGGAAGGAGCAGCUCCUGCGGAGAGCCGCUCUCGUGGCCGAGCUUCACCCUGACACCGCCCGCCAGAUUGAGCUACAGAUGGAGGAAGAAGGGAGCAGGACGGUGUUCGUGAGACGCCUUCCGUACGGGCUGAGCGCCUACACCGUCAGGGACGCGUUUUCCAGAUGCGGAGAUGUGCACCAGGUGAUCAUCAAGGAGCCCAUUUUCAGGGAGGGAGAGGACCCCGUUUCCAGGCCCAACGCGGGCCGCAAGCGAGCCUUCCGUCCCUCUGGCCAGAGCGAACUUGCUUUUAGCACGGCGCACGGCCUGGUGGUAUUCAGCGACCACGAGGGGUUCGACAGAGCCACGGGGGAAUCCUUCCGCAUCUUCGGGGUGCACAUCAAGGGGGCGGCUGUCGCUACCAGCCCCGCCCACCAAUGCCGCACUCUAUUCGUGGAGAACCUGGAGAUGAGGACGGGGCUUGAGAUGGUGGAGGCCAUCAACGAGGUCCUCCAGCCCCGCUACAAGGUUGGCCUGGCAUCGCAGUCCCUCGAAAACAACGUCCCGCAGGUGGUAGCGAUACCUCUCCGGAAAUACGUGGCUGUGAGAGCGGUAGACAAGAUUCUCACCGACGCCGGGUUCAUCACGGCCUACCACUACAUCAAACCACAGGUCCGCCAAUCACAUCCCAGCGAGGACAAGCUGCUCGACACCGGCAUGCCAGAGCAGCACAUCCCCGACGAGGUGGCGGCGCUUUCCGAAGAUGGCUUGAUGACGGGGGCGUCGGGCGAGCUCGGAAAGGGUGGCAUUUCUCUUGAAGACGUGCUCCCGGCGCAUCAUAGAUAGGCAGGCUAGGGUAUCGCAGCGUACAUUUUAUUGUGAUGAGCAAGACGAAAUUUUACCGACAACGGGGCGAAGUACGCAGAUGGCCAGCGAAAGACCUCGCUUGAGGCUAUUGUAACUCCCUCCUUUGCCGGCUUCUUGGCUGAGCUCCUGCCCUUGGGCAUGGGAACGUGUUAAUCGGGAUCGAACCACCCGAGGCAUGUAUCGAUCGUUCCGAGAAAGGGUGUGACGUUGUGGGGGGAGGGGUUCUCUCCCGCACAUGGCAUUGGCCUCGAGUUGCUUGAGUGAUAAUUUUCUUUCUUGACCUUUCGUACGACGGUGGCCGGUGGUAUGCCGAGUUCUGUGCACUCGAAUCCCAGCCUCCGCUGCCCACCGUCGUGCGAGAAAAUCGACAAGAACUUCGACCC